AUGAUGACGUCAUUCCAUCACAGCCACAAACCACGGAGGAUCAAGACCCCCACGACGGCGAAGCCACCACGAUCUCCGGCGACGUCUCCGCUGGUACUUAAGUGUCCGAGAUGUGAUUCCGUCAACACCAAAUUCUGUUACUACAACAACUACAGCUUGUCUCAGCCACGUCACUACUGCAAAAACUGUCGCCGUUACUGGACACGUGGCGGUGCCCUACGUAACGUCCCCAUCGGUGGCUCUACCCGAAACAAGAACAAGCCUUGCACCCUCCACGUCAUCUCUCCUCCUCCUCAUGUAAUGACGUCAUUGUCGCCGUCUCAUGACCUCAUCGAUGGGUUUCGUAUAAUAAACCCUCCUUCCACUACGGCGUUUUCCGGUGGAUUCUCCGGCUAUAUGUUCCCAUUUGCACCACAAGAUUCAGCAACAGAGACUCAUCACUUCCAUGUUUCUCCAAGAUUCACUUCCGUUUAA